AUGAGCAACCCUCGCAGGGGCUUCUCAGCGCCGUCCACAGCCGACGAGGCCGCCCGACGUGCACGAGCACGUAUUCCGCUUCCACCGCGCGGACACCUGCAGUCCCCGCUCACGUCAGCGCCCAGAAUAGCCGCGGAGUGCCUAUACUACUCAGUCGAGUACCCUUUCUGGCCUUCCAAUUCUUCCUUCGUGACCAUUCUUACCCCCUUCAUCAGUCAAACCCCAAAACGCGAGAGCAGCUUCCGAAGGGACGUGCAAAGACCCGUAGAAAACGCCGGCAGUCGAUUGUUAUGCCGCCCGCCCGUCCCUCCCCGGCUGAGGCGCCGAUCAACCCCUAAUCACUCCAUGAUUAGACGCGCUUCUGCCUGGGCUAAGGGGAGCAUCAGCCCGGGAGAAGACCCCUGCGGAGGGUUCAACGCAUCCCGGAGUGACAUUCAUGGUUCUGUGCGCCCGAUGCUCCCGCCGGCCGCGACGCGCCCACCACUCGCUCAUGACGCCUCCCCAUUUGGCCGCGACGCCCACGCCCGAGAUCCCAGCAGUCCCUUCCGCGAUUCAGUGCCCCACCCCCAACCUACUCCUCCCACCCCUGCACCACGUCCAUGCACCCCCUCCUUCCGCCCUUCGUGCUUCCUGCCCGGCAGCCACUCCAGCCCCCCCCCUCAAGGCACGGCACUUCAGCCCCUUCCCCGCAAGACCCUCCGUCCCGCACCGCCGCGACCUCCGCCACCCCACACGAGGCCGCAGGCAACCCCCCCUCCAGCAUUCCUUCGGCAGAAACGUCCCGCGCCCCCGCCGUGA